UAUUUUUUAGUUGAAAAGCUUGGUAAUUGGAAUAAGUGUCAAGUUAAAGAGAAGCAUUUUUUUUAUACAUAUAAUUCAUCAAUAACUCCACAAGAUAUUUGAAUACAGGUAACCCUUGAAAGGAUACGUUCUGAUCAUAAUUAAUGGAGCAUUAAAAAAAAUAUUAUUUUAAAAUUGGAAAAAACACUAUGCAUAUAUGGACCAUUCAUUUGUCCUCUUAUCGUUAAUACAUAUACACAAAUAAAAGUCAUGGAUGUAUACUAUCCUAUAAUUUUAAUGAUAAAUAAAAUAAAGAACGAUCGAUUUUUAAGAUUUACAAGUAUCUGAACAUACAUACAACCAAUCCGCUUCCAAUAUUUUUUAUUAUCUUUUUGUAGAUUAUUCUUUUUCACUUUACAGUAACACAUUUUAUUGUUACUUUAUCACUUCGUGUCUAAUUACUUUAGAAGAAGGAAAGUAUUAAAGGCUUCGGUAACAACUAACAAUUCUAGUAAUCCUGAAUUUUUUAGCCACGCAACAAUCGCAAUCAUAUUGUGACUUUUUUAAAAAAAUAAGUAUAUACGUGAAUAUAGAAUAUUGUAAUUUUACAUGCAUAUUUAUUAAAAAUUAUUUGAUAAGAAAAAAACCAAUGGAUAUAGUUAAGUGUCCCGUUAACAGAAGUCCAGAAGAAUCAGCUAAUUUAUUUAGUAUUUUAACAUUUUGGUGGCUCAAAGAUAUAUUUAAAAAAGGAGUGAAAGGAAUAUUAACGUUAGAAGAUAUUUACGAUCCUUUGAAAUCCGACAAAUCAGAAAGACUUGGAGAUUUGCUCGAAAAAGAAUGGAUUCGCGAAUGGGACAAAUUAAAAUACGUCGAAUACGUAUUAGAAAAGGACGGUAAUAAAAAAUUAGGCAAAGGUACAAACCCAUCCUUGUCCAAAGCCAUAUUUCGUAUAUUUUGGCGAAAAUAUCUGCUAUUAACGACAUUACUAUUCCUGCAAUAUGUGAUAUUGAAUACGUUACAACCAAUUCUUCAAGGAUGGAUCAUCGAUUAUUUUGACGUGACUACAACAAAUUCAAAUCCUAUUACAAAAAAAGAAGGCAUAGCUAUUGCAUUUGGUUUAAUUAUCAAUAUAACAGUAUCUGUUAUUAUCAUGCAUCAUGUAGCAUUACGAAGUCGAGAAAUGGGAAUGCAAAUUCGCUUAGCUUGUAGUUCUCUGGUAUACAGGAAAAUACUACGACUGAGUAAAGUUGCCUUAACGCAAACAACUAAUGCUGGACAAGUUAUUAAUAUUCUUAGCAAUGAUAUGACCCGUUUCGAUAUGGUACCUUUUUAUUUGCAUUAUUUAUGGAUUGCACCAAUUCAGCUCGUAGUGAUAGUCUACAUAAUGUGGUCAAUGAUAGGAAUCUCAUCACUUUUCGGCGUUGCAUGUUUCAUAUUGAUCUCUCUUCCGAUUCAAGGAUAUUUUCCUAUAAUAAGUAAUCGUAUAAGAGCAAGUAUAGCAACAUUAACGGAUAAAAGGGUAGAACUUAUGGGCGAAUUUAUAAAUGGCAUACAGAUGAUCAAAAUGUAUGGCUGGGAAAAACCGUUCAGUAAAUUUGUAAUGAAUACACGUGCAGCAGAAAUGAAAAAAAUUCGGCUCGCCACGUUAAUUCGAGUAUUGUCUCUUUCGAUGUUAGUUUAUACUGAAAGAAUCACACUAUUUUUUUGUAUGGUACUGUACGCUCUAGCAAACAAAACUCUAAAUCCUAAAUAUACUUAUAUUUGGUCUACGUACUUCAGCAUAUUACAGUUAACGAUCGCUAUGUUCUUUCUAUUAGCUCUGAUAUGUUUGAGCGAGGCUAAAAUAAGCAUACAAAGAAUCGAGGAAUUUUUAAUGUUGGACGAAGUUUCAUCAAACAAUCAAACGUCAUGGAAGACAUCACAAUACGAUAAUAAAGUAGAAAAAUAUAAAAUCUUGUUAAAGAGAGAAGAAGAUGUACCCAAAAUUGAGGAAAACAAACUAGCAUUCAUUGAAAUGACUAGAGUAACAGCAAACUGGGUGUCUAAUAAAUUUCCACCUACUCUAUGUAAUAUCAAUCUAAAAGUGGACCCAGGCCAGCUUUGCAUACUAUUUGGCCAAGUUGGAGCAGGAAAGACAGCCCUUUUACACAUCAUUUUAAAAGAACUUCCUCUGUACACUGGAAAAUUAAGGAUUCUUCGAAACUCUGAUGCAAAAAUGGAAUCUAUGAAAAACUUUAAUAAAUAUUUCACCGCUAAUCCAAAUAUUAAAAUUUCUUACGCCUCUCAAGAACCGUGGAUUUUCGAUGGAACCAUCAAAGAAAAUAUUCUUUUCGGUCGAGCUUACGAUGAGAAAAGAUACAUGGAUGUAAUACGAGUAUGUGCCUUGAGUAAAGAUUUUCAGCAAUUACCUCACGGUGAUAUGUCUUUUGUUGGAGAAAAAGGAGUCAUGUUAUCCGGUGGACAAAAAGCACGCAUCAAUUUGGCAAGAGCUGUCUAUAAACAAGCAGAUAUUUAUUUACUGGAUGAUCCAUUGAGUGCAGUAGAUGCAAAAGUUGCUCGACAUAUUUUUACAAAAUGUAUCAGCGAAUAUCUUCGUGGUACUACGAGAAUAUUGGCAACCCAUCAAUUACAGUUUCUCAAAUCAACAGAUAUUAUUGUAGCAUUGAAUCAUGGUACCGUCAAAGUGAAAGGAAAGUAUAAUGAACUAGUUAAAAAUAACGAUGAAUUUGUAAAAAUGAUCACUCAGAUCAAAAUGGACAAAGGACGAGGAGACAAACUAGAUGAUGGUAUUGACAUCGAACAAUUUGAAGAUAUCACACAUAGUAUAAGACAUACAGCAUCUAUUAAAUCUAACAACAGUUUAAUCCCGGAAUCCGAAAAGGGUGAUUAUAAAAAUGAAGACACCGAUGAACAAGAUGAAUUAAUUCCCAACGUUUCCUGGAAAUUAUAUGUCAGAUAUUUUCGAUAUGGCGCCAAUUGGUUGACUCUAUUUGCUUUUAUAAUAUUAACAUUAGUAACACAAUUAUUUGCAAGUGGUACUGAUUAUUGGGUUUCUUACUGGACGAAUUUAGAAGUAAUAAGAAGUGUACAAAAUCAAAGUUUUAUCGAAAAUAGAAGAUAUGAAUAUGAAAGCACGAUAAAUAAUACAAUUUUGUCAAGCUUUCUAUACACAGAUAAUACAGGAUUAUUGACUACAACUUCUGCUAUAUAUGUUUACACAAUAAUUAUUAUUACCUGUAUAAUUUUGGUCUUGUUACGCAGUAUCUUUUUUAUGGAAAUUUGUAUGAUCGCUUCUCGUAAAAUUCAUGAUAUAACAUUUAACAAUAUUUUACAAACUAACAUGCGCUUUUUCCAUAUGAAUCCUUCCGGAAGAAUUCUGAACAGAUUUUCAAAAGAUAUUGGAGCAUUAGAUGAAUUACUACCAAAGCCAAUAUUAGAAAUCAUACAAGAUUCUCUACUCGGAUGUAGUAUUAUUAUAAUAGAAGUAGUUAUUAAUUAUUGGAUAAUUAUACCAUUCAUUCUAUUAGCUACUGUAGGUUAUUUCAUACAAUUAUUAUACGUUAAAACUGUACAAAAUAUUAAACGUUAUGAAGGAAUAUGUAGGAGCCCAAUAUUUUGUCACGUCAAUACAACUUUAACUGGACUCUCGACAAUAAGAAGUAGCGGCAACGAAAUAGAACAUCUUUUGAAAAAGAAAUUCGAUCAUUUACAAGAUAAACAUACAGGAGUCUGGUAUCUCAUAUUAGCGAUAUCAGACUUUUUAGGUCUAGUUUUUGAUCUAUUAUCUUGUCUUUUCAUUGCCUUUAUCUGUUUUUAUUUUAUACUCGUAGAUUCAGACAACACAUUAGGAGGAGAUGUGGGUUUAGCUAUUUCGCAAGCCCUUAUUUUAGUUGGCAUGUUACAAUACGGUAUAAGGCAAAUUGUCGAAAUAUCAAUUCAAAUGACAUCUGUGGAAAGAAUUUGCCAAUAUACUGAUCUUCCUAAAGAAGAAUCUUUGAAACCCACGAAUCCUGUACCACCGACAUGGCCAACGCAAGGCCAAAUAAUAUUUAAAAAU